CUCUGACUCCACCACCAGGAUUAUCCACUUUCGCCAAGAUCAGUGGAAGUCCAAGCGUCGUCGUCACAUUCCGAACAGCGUGUUUCCUCCUUCUCCAGAGUAUCCUUAUUCCAAAUCAUCACUACCCAUCUACGCGAUCUGAACGCAAGCUACUGAGGGUUCACAUUCAUUGCCGAAACUCUCAACAACAGCGGGAAACAACGACCCAUUGCAAUAUCCUCGUAGUCCUCUCCCAAAAUGCCCGGCUCCUCCCUCUGGCUAAUCCCUCCUCCCACCCACCCUCUCUACCCGAUCCUUUCAUUCCUAAUCUCCCAACGCCUCCCCUUGGAUUUUCCCUCCGAGGCUGGCGCUGCCGACGCACGCUUGAGUCCUGAAUUCUUUGCUCCUCACAUGACCCUUAGCUCCGGCAUCUCACCGGAUCUCUACGGCGACGAUCCCCAGCGUUGGCUCGACUCAAUCCCCUGGCCGUCCGCUGACGAAGUACAGGUGAGGUUCGAGGGAAUCAGCUCUCAGGACACGUACUACCGGAGGUGCUAUGCAAGGGUCAAGCUGGAUGAGGGGAUCAAGAAGAUUGCCGGGCUGGCGAGGGCAAGAGGAGUGAAUGGGGAGGAUGAUGCGAAAGGUGCCAAGACGCAAGAGUGGUUGGAUUGGUGGAGGAAGGAAUUCGGGCCGCAUGUUAGUUUGAUGUAUGGCGAUGUGCCUAUUAGCGAUGACAGGUUGAAAGAGGUCGCCAAGGUCGUGGAGGAGGCUGGUGUUAAGCUGACUGAGCCGGUGGGUGAUGCCGAAGGGAAUGGCUGGAAUGGCGGCGUUGUCUGGUUGGUCCCAACUGACAGGGAUAUCAAGGACUGGAAGCCGAUCGCGAAACGAGUGUUGUAG